GUCAGUCAGUAGUGAUUGAUGCAAACCGCGAAGCGAGAGAAGCCGGCCUUGAUCUUGAAACGUUCUAGGCGUUCUACCUACCAGUACGCUAGUGGAGAGAGACGUAAACAAAUUCGCGGCACUGCGCUGUGCUGCUGCCGCAGUGGCGCGCAGGAGCUCGCAGCAACCUCGAUUCCAAUCGGCCGGCGCAGCAAGCGUGAGGCUCGUCUCUUAUUCUCGCGUUGAGCUCGGUCGCGGUUGGAUCGUCGUGAUUCGCGUGGCGCGGUUUUCGGUUUGCGAAUCGUACCUACCUAGAAGUAGUUGAUCGCGCAAACAUGCGUAUCGAUAAGUUUUUCUGCAUGGCGGCCGUGGGUGGAAUCCUGGCGAUGGCAGGAGCUGUUUUCGCGCUGUUUUGGGGCGAUAUCCUGGAUGCGAUCAUUGUGAAGGAAAAGGUCCUCACGCCAACCUCCAGGGCGUUCAAACUGUGGCGGCGACCGCAGGUUCCGAUCCAGUGGUCGAUCACGCUCUUCAACUGGACCAAUGCCGAAGCCUUUCUGGCGCGGAAGGCAGCCAAGCCGACUUUCUCCGAGGUUGGUCCCUUUCGAUAUUCAGAGACCCUCGAAAAGGUGGACGCCCGGUUUAACACGAAGAACUCCACCAUCAGCUACCGGCGACGUAGCUUCUUCAAUCCGGACGAUCUUCUGGACGAGGUACUCCUCACGCGUCGUGUCACCAACCUGAACGUGGUAGCCCUGACCGCCGCAAACCGUGGCAAGUCGGAAGGAUACGGCAUCGAACGGGGCAUCUCGUUCGCCUUGUACAAUCUGGAACAGAAAGUGCUGGUAACUCAGCAGGCCGGCGAACUGCUAUUCGACGGCUACCGCGAGCCGAUGAUCGGGGAGAUGCUGGAAGUGCUGGGCGCAACUCCACAAUACGGGCAGGAUGUGGAGGAUCGCUUCGGGUGGUUCCGGGCGGUCAACGGGUCGAAGAAGUUCCACGGAUUCUUCAACAUGAACACCGGCAAGGAGGACGCCAGCCGGUACGGGUUGAUCCGGCAGUGGAACUACCGGGACCGUGCGGCGUUCGGUCGCGGACGGUGUGGGCUGUACGAUGGAUUCGCCGGAGAGCUGUUUCCAACGAAGAUCCGGCACGAUCAGGCGCUGCGGAUGUUCAUGAUGGAACUGUGUCGUGCGGUGAGCUUCGAAUUCGAUCGGGAGGAGGAGGUCCAUGGAGUUUUGGGCUACCGAUUCGUGGCGAAUGAGCAAACCAUGGACGACGUAUGCUUUGAGGACAAGGAGUUUCUUCCACGGGGUGUGAUCAACGUUACGGACUGUAAGGACGGAGCACCGCUUUUCGCGUCGUAUCCACAUUUCUUCGCGGCAGAUGAACGCUACGCAGCAGAGAUGGAAGGAAUGCAUCCGGAUGGUGAACGGCAUCAGUCGUUUGUGACGAUUGAACCCAAGACCGGGACGGUCCUGAGGUCGUCGAUCAGGUUGCAGAUCAACGCCCUGCUGCAGCGGUACAGCGGCGUCGCAUUGUACCAGGACGCACCGCGAUCAUACGUACCCCUGCUGUGGUACUCCAAGAGCUUCGAUCUUCCUCAGGAAGAAGCGAUCAAGCUGCGAAGUCUGCUGGAUGUUUCCCAGCUAGGUUACCUGGGUGGAUUUGCGGUGGCUGGACUGGGACUGGUGGUGACCUUGCUAGCGAUAGGGUUGAGGUGUGCCGUUCGGAGGACUCAUAAGAAAGCCAGAUUGAAUGCCGGCGGUCAACAACGGCCCACGUCCAACGGGGAUACCCGAGGGGACUACGAGUUCGUGCAGAACGAACAGAACAAGGACAAGGAUCGAAUAAAGUUGUGAUUAGAGGA